GUGACCAGAGGCCAGGAAGGAGGAGGUUACUCAUCUGUCUGUCAGGUGUGUGGCGGGGGGCACAUUGAUCCACCCAGGCAGCCUGACCUGAGGCCAUGGUGACCCAACAGGUGGGCAGUAGGGGGCGAGUGGCAGCCGAGCUGUUUGAAAGGAGAAGGGGCAGUCGCUGUGAGGACAAGAAACAGACGCUGUUGGUGUUGCUGAUCUUGGUGCUGUACGUGGGCACAGGAAUAUCAGGAAGAAGUUGGGAGGUGUCAGAAAGGAUCAGAGAAUGUAACUAUCCCCAGAAUCCUGUGGCUUCCCAGGGAUUUGAAUACCAGACCAAUGAACCUGCAGAAGAGCCAAUAAAGGUCAUCAGGACCUGGUUGAAGGAAAAUUUGCAUGUUUUCUUGGAGAAGCUAGAGAAAGAGGUGCAAGAACUGGAGCAGCUGGUACAGGACCUGGAGGAGUGGUUAGAUGCUCUUCUGGGAGAUGGGCAUGCAGAGGAUCCCUGCUCCACCUUCAAAAGUCACCUGUGAGGGCCCAGGGCUGGAACCUGGGGAGGACGCCAAGUGGAAGCCAGUGGGGAAAAGGGUUGCUGGCGGCUCCUCUACUAAAGGCUGAGCUGUGACACUUGAAUUUCAAAGCAAGAAAAUAAAAUAGUUGGGACACUAAGAACUUUGAUGGCACCACUGCUGGUUCACAAGCACUGUCAGGAGGACCCCAGGGCUCUGCUGGGAAAUCCUCCAGCAUACCAAAACUCUGGUGCACUGGUAUCAAGCCAGUCCCGGGCUCAGGACCCUCACCCACCUCCCUGAGAUAGGGC